AUGGCGCGCAUCUUCAUCACAGGAUCCAGUGACGGAAUCGGCAAAGCAGCAGCAAAAGUCCUAGCAGAACAAGGCCACUCAGUCGUUCUGCAUGCACGGAACGCAGAGCGCGCAGCCUCGACGCACGACGCGAUCCCCAAAGCCGAAGCGGUACUAGUAGGCGAUCUACGCUCGAUCACAGAAACGAAAAAACUAGCGUUGUCCGCAAACGCGCUAGGCAAACCCUUCGAUGCAAUAAUUCACAACGCAGGCAUCGGGUACGGCAGCACAUCCAGCGUCGAGAUAACAGCCGAUAACAUCUCAGCCGUAUUCGCGGUCAACACGCUCGCGCCGUAUAUUUUGACUUGCCUCAUGGAUCGGCCUACGUCGCGACUUCUUUUUAUGAGCUCUGACAGCCACUAUGGCGGCGAUGAGACGUUGCGGAAUGUUACGCAAUCUCAUUCUUACAGUGACAGUAAAUUACAUGAUAUUAUGCUCGCUAAUGCGUUCGCGAGGCGGUGGGGCGAUAGUAUUCAGGUUGUGAGUAUGCAUCCUGGUUGGGUGCGGACUAAGAUGGGAGGCUCGGGCGCUCCCGAAGGCUUGAAUACACCUGCUAAGGCUCUAGCAGAGUGGAGCGUUGGACAGGGCAAAUUGGCUAGUUUGGCUAGUGGAGUAUUUUUUACUACUAGAGGUGAAGAGUCUACGCAUUCCGGUGCUAGUAAUGUGGCUAAGCAGGAGGCGUUGUUGGAGAUUUGUCAAGAGGUAUCGGGAGUUUCUAUUCCAGAGUGA